GGCGGUGGUGGCUCUUGCGUCCCGUCGUCCUUCUCCGCAUCUCCAAUCCAACUCGGCCCACAUCGACUCGACUCGCGCUCCAUCUCAUCAUUCAUUCGUCGCCUCUCUCCAUGGCAGAUCCAUUCCUCGAGGAUCAAUUCGCCUCCCCGCCCCGGCGCGACGGCAUAGACGCUGCCGGGAGCGAUGCAGGCAGCUAUGCGGCUCAUCGACGCCGAAGGUCCAACAGUCGACACUCGAGGCGAGCAUCCGUCGAGCCGGAGCAGCAAAGGGUUCCACCAGUGCCGACGAUGUCAUUUCCCACGUCGACCUCGCGAGGAGGCGGGUUCGGAGAUGCGGCGCCAAUGGAAGGCGAAGAGUACCUGCCCCCGAUGACGGGCCCGUCGAGCAGGAGAAGGCAGAGGUACGAUUCCGUCGAGUCGUACGGGAGUAGCGUCAUGCCUGCUGCGCUACCUUAUGCUGCAGGAGGAGGAGGAGGAGCAGGAGGAGGAGGGAUGAAUGGCGGGCAGCAACACCACUCGAGCAAAGCGCGCAGCAGCAGUCGUACGCAGCGACAACGAGAGCGAGAGGGCGAGGGGAACCUGCUAUCCCCGACGUCCGGCGGAGGGCUCGAGAGUUGGCUGCGCUCACAGGGCUCAGCGGGCGUAGGCGCAGGCGCAGAAUCAGCGCAAGGGUACACCUCAUCUUUUGCACCUCAGGGUCGCGUGAGACGAAUGGGCUCCGAGGCGGGAUCCGCAGCAGGGGAAGGAAGUGUGGGAGGUUGGUCACAGGGCACCACGAGUAGGCGCAAUCACCACAACAGCAAGUACAAGCGCGAGGAAAGGGUCAGGUCGGCGAGCAGUCGUGGCGCAUUGAAGGAGGUGUAUGAGGGACCGGACGAUACGCCGCAAGACAACUUGCAGCGCUGGCUCACCUCCUCUGCUCUUCCAUCCCACGCCCCGCCGUCUGCGAGCACCACCAGGCAUCGCGCACCCUCCAACGCCGGAUCGGGUCUACCCUCCAGCAUAUCAAGGCACUCCAUCCGCGCCGCCUUACAUCGCGAUAUCGCCAGCGUUCAACAACAAUCCGCAACCCAGCCGAUGGCAGCAGCAGCCCUUACCUCUCCUACCCCGCUCCGCUCUCUCGUCCGCGGCCUGAUGAAGGAAAACGUCCCUGCGACAAGCAUAGUGCUCAUCGCUCUGGCGCUAAACAGCUUCUUGCAAUACCUCAUCGCCCGCAGCUCGGCGGGCACCGCAGGAUGGGAGACCCUGCGGCACUGGAUGUCCCUAACGACCAACGUACCCUCGGACGAAUGGUACGCCUACGAUCUGGACCAUCGCCUCCUCGAUCGCCCACCCCUAGCCUCCGGCUGGGCUUACGCGGCAGGGAGACUCCUCUCUAGCUCGUAUCCGGAGGUGGAAAAGGGACUACGUUUUCCUCCUCGCCCCCUCGCCAAGGGCGGCGGACCCCUCGCCCCUCUGCCGUUGUUGAGCCUCCUAGCCUCACUCAUCUGCUACGCGGGUCCAGUGCUAUUCUUCCUACAUCGUCGCCUUGCAGACCGCGGGCGGCGCACGCGAGCGAUUGCUAUCCUGUCCAUCCUGAGCCAGCCGGCCUUCAGUCUUGUCUCCUUUGGGCUUGGAGGGCUCCAGCCCCUUUACUUGGGCAUGGCCACGCUCGCCAUGGGAUUUUGGCUCACUUCGCUACCCAAUCCUGGCGCUGCAGGGCAGGGCAGGGCAGCGCUGCAACGCAUCACGACGCUUUCGCGCAGGGUAAGCUACAAUUACGUGGCAGGGUUCGCCACCUAUCUCUGGGCGGUCGGGCUCGAUCAGACCUGUUUGGCCUUCGCGCCCGCCGUGGGUGCGCUGUUGCUGGGCCGGUGGGUGGGGCUGGCAAGCGUAGGCGGCGUCGCGAGGGGGGCAACGCUGACCGUUGGGCUGGUAGUGGUCGCGGGCUUGACUUUCUUGGUCCUCUUUUGGCCUUGGGUCCGCAUCGACUUUCCGGGGCAGGGCAGCCAGUCUCUCGGCUUCGAGGCCACGAAGCGCGUCUUGGAUCGGCUGGUCAGCCAGGCGUGGAGAUGGGAUGUCGUCGUGCGUGGCUCCGCUUCCUCUUCCUCCUCGUCCCUGGAGGCCGGGGACCGCACAUUCUACGGUUCCCUCAGCCAAGCCCUCGACUUGGACGGCACACAGCUGCAACGCAUUGCCAUCGCUCUCACGACGCUGGGCUGUCUCUAUCCUUUCCUGAUCCUCUUCCGCGCUGCGAGGCAGACGGUACAGAUCGAGAUGCGUCUCUACGAGGACUCAACACGGGACCAAGCUGCCGCGCGCCCCAACGGCUCUACGCUGGCGUCAGCAUCAGCGUCAGCCUCAGGCCCGGUGACUGGGAACGGUAAGGCCAGGCUGCGCGAGCCAUCUCGCAGCAGUCGUAGUCAUCGGGCCAGCUCCGUCGCCCCCUCGGAUGCAGGCAGCGAUCUGCGCAGUUUUGCCGAGUCGAUGAUCAAGGGGGGCAGCAGUAUGAGUCUAGCGGGCACGGCGGGGGUAGGGUACGCAGGAGAUGGUGUCAUUGGUGGUGGUAGUAAGGAGAUCGGCGUCCCCGUGGGCGUGGAGGGCGUCAGGGUAGCCUCCUCCUGCCCUUCGCCCAGCGCCGCUGUCAUCCCCUACGCCUUCCUUGCCGUUGCCCUCUCCGUGUACCUCUUCUCCCCGCCCGCGGCCCAGGGCGCGGGGUCUGGGCCGCUCAAGGUUCUACUGCCCUUGUUACCUCUCACGCUCCUCAUGGUGGCCAAGGGGGACGAGUAUGCCGAGGGACGCAACAGAGCCGAUUGGGCUUGGGCGGCGCUUGGGAACAAUUGCGCUGUGCUCAGUCUCUGGCCUCUCGUCCGUACACAGCGUCUCGGCAUUCCGGGCUUGGGCCUCGUUCUAGUUUGGAACUGGUUGAUCGGACAUCGUCCCUUCUCCCCCUCUGCCUCUCAACCGAGCCUCUCUCGCCUAGCACACGCGGCCAUCCUCGUCGCGCAGGGCACCUCCCUCCUCGUUGGCGGUAUAACGGGCGAGUCGUCGCCGAUUGUGUGGACGAUGGUCAAUCUCGUUACGACACCUGUAUGGUUCGCGGUGUACGUCUGGUCGUUGUUGAGGAUCGGGGAGGUGGCGUUGGGUUGUGGAGUCGAGGUUGGGUUUGGGAUGCGGGGUGGUGGGAGUGGGAAGCAGCAAACGAGGACGCCAAUGGAGCGCAAAGUGAGAUGAGCAGGGGCGGCGGGUCGGCGUAUAUGUAGCAUUCCAUACGAGCUGUACUGCGACGAUAGCUUAGCAUAGCUUGGAUACCAUACCAUUUCAUCUGCC